ACAUCGGCCCAUAUCCGUUGGGCCCCACGCCCCUCUCUCCGUCCCUAUAAAUACCACGCGCAGCGCAUGCAAAUCCAUCAUCCACUUAACACACAAUCAUACAUCAGCCUACCAAUUGAAUUACUCGCCGACGCCGGCCAACUUCGUCCGUUAACGGUAGCCAUGUCGAACACCUGCGGCAACUGCGACUGCGCCGACAAGAGCCAGUGCGUGAAGAAAGGAAGCAGCUACACAGCUGACAUUGUUGAAACUGAGAAGAGCUACGUGGAGACUGUGGUGAUGGAGGUCCCGGCGGCGGAGAACGACGGGAAGUGCAAGUGCGGGGCGGCCUGCACCUGCGUGAAUUGCACCUGCGGUCACUGAUCUAACGACGGAUGGAUCCAAAAGCAUUUACACUAUUAAUUAGGAAGCAUAAUAAUGGAUAAUUAAAUAAUUAAGAAUUUGGGGGGGGAGUGUCGUCUAUGUAGUCCUACUUGUUGUGGUCUAUGUCUAUGUUGGAAUAAAUAAGUUCUUCAUUUGAGUGUGUGUGAGCUAGCCAGCUAGCUGGUGAUUUCUACGUGUGGGGUGUGAAAUUUGAGUGUCUCAGGUACUAAUCUUAAUUUGUCUAUGCGACACUCCUUGAUUUGAAUAUAUAUAUUUCACUUUUACUUAA